GAAGUGACGUUGGCUCCUGUGGAAGGAGUUCACUGCCUACGAUUUCCCCAGCAUGUCUGCUGAAAACAGUCAGUCACCAGGAGCAUCACCUCCUCGCCCUCCCCUAUCUCCCCAGUGUUCCACACAGACUUUAUCUUCAGAAAACGAGGAUACUGAAGUAGAACUAGAUGAGGAAAGUCUACAGGAUGAAUCUUCAUUUUCUACAGAGGGAGAGUCUCUGGAGGACGAAGAGGAUCUGGAGGAGGAAGAGGAUCUUGAGGAGGAAGAUUAUUUGGGGAAGGAAGAAGAGUAUCUGGGGAAGGAAGACUAUCUGGAGGAGGAACAGGAUCUGGAGGAGAAAGACUAUCUGGGGAAAGAAGAGUAUCCAGAAGAGGAAGAGGCUCUGGAGAAGGAAGAGGUUCUGGAGAAGGAAGAGAAUCUGGAGGAGAAAGAGGCUCUAGAGGAAAAAGAGAAUCUGAAUGGAAAAGAAAUUUUGUAUAAAAAGUACCUGAAAGAAGGUAAAUAUCUGGAGGAGGGAGAGCAUCUCUGGGAGGAAAAGUAUCUGAAUGGGAAAGAGGGUCUGGAUGAGAAAGAGUAUCUGGAAGGGGAUGAGUAUCUGGAGGAGGGCCUCCCAAAGGAUGUAGAACCCAAGGCAAGUUAUUCAUCACACACCAUGUUUCUUCGUGAUACAAGGAGCCCAGACGCUGGCCCCUCUCAGGUGACCUUCCUGCGAGUCCCGUUGCCUUUUACUGCUCCUUCUCCCAUCUCCGGAUCUGCCACGGCGUCUUCUGAGUCGCUACGUACACUGUACAGGAGGAGCCAGGCCAGUCAGACAGACUGGCACUAUGACGGGACUGCCGUAAAAUCUUUAAAAUCAAAAUCAACAACAGAGCAAGAAACCACCAAGAAGCCUGCUUUGAGAGGUAAAUAUGUUGACACUAAAGUACAGCAAAAAGAGGAAGAUGACACGGAGUAUGCUUCUACGGAGGACUUUUGGGAUGGUGUAACAGAUGAGGCCAUUGACAAGCUGGAAGUGGAGGACUUAGAUGAAAAUUUUUUGAACAGCUCCUAUCAGGCAGUGUUUAAAGCAAUAGUCAAAGAAAUGGCUGAUCGCAAUGAACUGGAAGAGGAUUUCGACAUUCCCGUAACUAGGCUACUGGAAAGUGAAAACAGAUGGAAACUGGUAAUUAUGUUGAAGAGAAAUUAUGAAAAGUUCAAGGAAACAAUCUUAUGGAUUAAGAGGAGACGAGAAGCUCUAAAGUUAGGAGAGACGACCACUUUCACAUUUACUUUAUCGACCCAACCAACACUUCAGAAGCCUGAGACAGAAAAAAUCCAAAAGCCUCGCCGUGUUGUUCGUCGUAGGAAGAAAUUAGAACGAGAUAAGGAAUGGAUACAGAAGAAGACAGUGGUGCAUCAAGGUGAUGGAAAAUUGAUUCUCUACCCCAACGAGAAUAUCUAUCAGAUUUUGUUUCCUGAUGGGACAGGCCAGAUAUAUUAUCCAUCAGGAAACCUGGCUAUGCUCAUCUUACAUGUGAAAAAGAAAAAGUUCACAUACAUCAUUCUGGAAGACAGUCUAAAAGGGCGGAUCCGGGCCCUUAUCAACAACUCAGGCAAUGCCACCUUCUAUGAUGAAAAUAGAGACAUCUGGUUGAACCUGAGCUCCAACCUGGGCUACUACUUCCCCAAAGACAAACACCAGAAGGCCUGGAACUGGUGGAACCUGAACAUCCAUGUCCACGCACCCCCUGUCUGGCCCAUCUCCAUGAAAAUCAAUGAGUACAUCCAGGUACAAAUACGGAGCCAGGAUAAGAUCAUCUUCUGUUUCACCUAUGAACAGAAGCGGAUUUGUUUAAAUCUGGGCACCAGGUACAAGUUUGUGAUCCCAGAGGUGCUGAAUGAAAUGAAGAAGACAGCCAUCCUGGAGGCGGAACCCGGCCCAACGGCCCAGAAGAUCCGGGUCCUUCUAGGGAAAGUGAACAGGCUCCUGAAUUACGUAACGAUCCCUGAUCUGGAAAACUUCACAGAGGCCGUCAAGAUAUCGCUGAUGGACAACAAGUGCCUGAAGUAG